AUGUUGAGAUCGUUGAAAGCAAGCACUGCUCAACAAAAGUUUGCUCAAUUCGUCAGGUUCGCAUCCUCCUCCAAGAAAUACGACGUUGUUGUUAUUGGUGGUGGUCCAGGUGGAUACGUUGCUGCCAUCAAAGCAGCACAAUUGGGGUUGAACACCGCCUGUAUUGAAAAAAGAGGGGCUUUGGGUGGUACCUGUUUGAAUGUUGGUUGUAUUCCAUCCAAGUCGUUGUUGAAUAAUACCCACUUGUUGCACCAAAUUCAACACGAAGCCAAAGAUAGAGGUAUUGCCAUUGAUGGUACCGUUGGCGUUGAUUUUGCCAAAUUGAUGGCUGCCAAAGAGAAAUCAGUCAAACAAUUGACUGGAGGUGUUGAAUCAUUGUUCAAGAAAAACAAGGUUGAAUACUUGAAAGGAACCGGUUCUUUUGUUGAUGACAAAACUGUCAAGGUUCAACCAAUAGAUGAAAAUGCAGAACCAAUUGAAGUUGAAGCUGACAACUUCAUUGUUGCUACUGGCUCUGAACCAACUCCAUUCCCUGGAAUCGAAGUUGACGAAGAAAGAAUUGUCACAUCCACAGGUAUCUUGUCCUUGAAGGAGAUUCCAAAGAGAUUAGCCAUCAUUGGUGGUGGUAUCAUUGGUUUGGAAAUGGCUUCCGUCUACUCGAGAUUGGGAUCAAAGGUUACUGUCAUUGAAUUCUUGCCAGCUAUUGGAGCUGGUAUGGAUGCCGAAGUUGCAAAGACUACUCAAAAAUUGUUGUCGAAACAAGGAUUGGAGUUCAAAUUGGGUACCAAAGUCACAAAAGGUGAAAGAGAUGGUGAUGUUGUAAAGAUUGAAGUGGAAGACGCCAAGUCGGGCAAGAAGGAAGAUAUCGAAGCCGACGUUUUGUUAGUUGCCAUUGGUAGAAGACCAUACACUGAAGGCUUAAACUUGGAAGCUGCUGGCUUGGAAAAGGACAACAAGGGAAGAUUAAUUAUUGACGACCAAUACAAGACACAAAAGGACAACAUCAGAGUCAUUGGUGAUGUCACAUUUGGUCCUAUGUUGGCUCACAAAGCUGAAGAAGAAGGUAUCGCUGCAGCAGAAAUCAUCAAGAAAGGUCAUGGCCAUGUAAAUUACGCAAACAUCCCUUCCGUCAUGUACACACAUCCAGAAGUUGCAUGGGUUGGAUUGAAUGAACAGCAAUUGAAGGAACAAGGAAUCAAGUACACUGUUGGUAAGUUCCCAUUCAUUGCAAACUCUAGAGCUAAAACCAACUUGGACACCGAUGGAUUUGUUAAAAUCCUUGCUGACGCCGAAACCCAAAGGGUUUUGGGUGCCCACAUCAUUGGACCAAAUGCCGGUGAAAUGAUUGCUGAAGCCGGUUUGGCUUUGGAGUACGGUGCUUCCGCUGAAGAUAUCGCAAGAACAUGUCAUGCUCAUCCUACAUUGUCCGAAGCUUUCAAGGAAGCUGCAUUGGCCGCCUUUGACAAACCAAUAAAUUUCUAA